CAGAAAAGAGCAAUGAGAAGAAAUUCAGUGGAAAUGAACAUUAUAGGUAAUGCAGCUCCCUGGCUCUGGUGUGUGGGUGUUUUGCUAAUUUAAGCGUGACAUUAUGGUCAUUCUCAGGCCGACAGCUGCCAGAUUUCAGACACCCAGGCAGUCGCUCAGCUGCUAAGUCUCUGUUGCAUCGAUCCACUGCUUAUGUUUAUUUUCAUGCUUAAACGGACUUGUCAUUGUCAGCGCUCUGCUCCUUUUGCUUUGCCGAGCAUGUUUACCGCGUGACACGGUGCUAUUUGCAACAUCCGCCGACGUGAAAUAGCGAAUUGUUCGCUGAAGUUGCAACAAUGGCCUCGGCGCUGAGUUGCUUCAGUGGUCCCGAGGUGCUGGAGGACGGCGAUCACGCUCGGGGUUUGAUGGACGGCCUGAAAUUGCUGUACGACUGCCGGCUGCUCGGGGACGUUACUAUCGGAGUUGAGUGCGAAGAGGAGUCUUUGGAGCACAGCGGCAACCCUGCCAGAGGUGGCAUCGAUCAACUUUUCUUCUGCAGCCGCAACGUCCUCGCCGCUGCCAGCCCCUACUUCAAAAGCAUGUUCACCGGGGGAUUAAACGAGAGCGUGCAGGAAACUGUGGUCAUCCGCGGGGUCGAUCCUGAGUCUAUGUCGGUCAUCAUUGAUUACUGCUACACAGGCAGGGUGACCAUCACGGAGAGCAACGUGCAGAGGCUGUACGCAGCGGCCAACAUGCUGCAGCUGGAGUACAUCAGGAAAGCUUGCUCUAGUUUCAUGACAAGGAGGCUGGACCUGUCUAACUGUGUGGGGAUACUGAAAUUUGCAGACACCUAUGACAACCCAGAGCUGAAGGAAAAUGCGCAAGCUUUCAUAGCCAGGAACUUCAGCCAGGUGUGUAAUGGAGGGGAGCUGUGCGAACUGGACCUGAAGCAGCUGAAGGAGUUGUUGUCUCUGGACACUUUGGAUGUGGACUGUGAGAAGAAGGUGUGCUCAGCUGCGCUACAGUGGAUAGAGGCAAACGCGGCGCAGAAAAAAGAGGAUGCAUUGCAAGCGCUGAAGUGCGUGCGCUGGAACUUGUUCACUGAGAAGGACAAGUGUUACCUGGAGAGCCUCAUGGAGAGGCCGUUCAUUGAGAAAUACCUGGCAUCGUUUUUUAACAAGUCCGCGGAGGACGGCUGUGGCGUGUCUGUUGCUCUGGAUGUGCCAAAGCACAGAAUAGGUGUGAGUGCAAAAGAGAUGAUUCUCUUCUUUGGCCUACCCAACGACAACAUAAUGUGCUGUGACCCGUACUCAGAGGACCUGUACUUCAUGGCUCCUCCUUUAGAGGAUCUGAGCAGUCAGGAUUACAAACGCUCCACCAUGGAAUCCUUAAUCGCCUGUGCUACACCUGAAAACAACUUGUAUUUGGCGUCCCACCUCUCUAAACACUUCUGGCUGUACAACUCAGUGCUCAACAGCUGGCAGGAGCUGGCAGAGAGGCCACUAGGGAGGAUACACUCUGGAAUGGGCUACCUCAACGGGCACGUGUACCUUCUGGGAGGACGAAAUCCAGUAACGGAUGCUAGACUGAAAGAGGUCGAGUGUUACAGCGUCCAGAGGAACCAGUGGACGUUUGUGGCUCCUCUGCCUCACUCUCUGGGUAAAAUGCAGGUGGUGGCGCUACAUGACCAUUUGUAUGUGGUGAACAAAAGGCGAAUGCUUUGCUAUGAUCCCAAGAGGAACCGCUGGCGCCACUGUGGAUCGCUGAGAAGAGACAAGCUUCACAAGGCCUGCGUGUUCCAGGAUCAGAUCGUCUGCGUGUGUGACAUUCCCGUGGUGAAAGCCUACAGCCCCACCAGGGGCGAGUGGAAGAGGCUCGGCGACAUUCCCAUCGACAGCCGAGCUCUGAAUUACCAGGUGAUCCAGCACAAUGGGAAGCUGCUCCUCCUCACUCAGACUUUACUGCAACACAACAAGAACAGAGUCCUCAUCCACGAAUACGACCCAGCCAGGGACUCGUGGAAGAACAUCAUGGCGGUGUAUGUGUCCACCCUGGGACCCGUAUGUGUUUCAACACGGGUUUACCCAGCGUGCCUCAGCUCUGCCCACAGCUUCUCGACAGAGGAGGACGAUGACAGCGGCUCCAGCGCAGACUGGGAUUUUGAUGGGCUGACGGACGCAGACUCUGACUCUGGCAGCUCUAGCUCGUUCUCUGAUGAGAACUGGUAGUGAAAUGUCUUACUAUGUCAAAAUGUGUUAUUACUUAAAUUAUUGGGUUUCUACAGGGUGGAAUUUGUGUAACAGGGGGAUGCUGAAGUAUUUAUUCAGUAUUAACACAGUCAUGAGAAGCACAAGGUUUUUUGGUUUUUUUUUUAUAUCUCAGAUCUGAUCAGAAAUUUUAAUAUUGGGUGCAUAAAACCAGAGAAAAAUGUUCACUGUACGGCUUUACCGCAGAGACAUUUUUAACUUGAGAAAUACAGGUGUUGCUAAUUAGGAAUAAUUACUGCAUUGCAUUGCAAUAAUUGCUGGAACUGAGCCAUCAUUAAUGCUGUUACUUCCACCUGUGCUUUUCCUGUCACGACAAGACAGACGACUGGUUCAAAAAUGUUGUUGGGAAUCUAAAUGGGAUCCAUUUGGAAGCAAAGUGGCAAUGAGAGUACAAGCUUGACAGAAGCUUCACAGGGCCGCAAAGGAAAAAAAAAUGAUGACACUUAACAAAGAAGCCUAUCUUAAUGUUACUGGACUAGCAGUAGAGGUUUGUGUCUUUCACGUGCCACACCUGAAGGUUGCAUGGCGAGAAAAUGUUUGGGGACCACUGCUAUAAUGCUUUCAUCAAAUGCUUCCUGAAGACUUUCUCUCUCCUAGCUCGCAGAGCUCGUCAGAGAUUUGUACACGCCAAACCCGAGCUGAGAUAUUCGAGCGAUGUCAAUGAAGCUCCACCAGAGAGCUACAGAAGAGCCUAAAGCUGUACGAACAUGCCGACUAGAACUCAUUGCCUGUGAUAAAUUAUGUGAAAUCACCCAGAGGGCCACGGUAAUGCUUUAACUUUGUGUUAUAUGAAGCAUUUUUGAGCAAGCCAUUCUCUUUAGCUUGAAUAAAUGAGCACAUCAGCUUAAGAUUGGUGGGAAAUCACGAAUUGGGUGUUUGGGAUGUCAGGCAGCUCAAGUGCCUCUUGUUUAUGACCAUGAAAUAACUGGUAACGAACUGGGCUUUAAAAUUUAUGGUCCUUUUUAUGUUGUUGAUGCGCACGGCGACAUCACAGACAGGCGGUGCUGUAAAAACUGCUGCGUCAAGUCUAGGAGCCAAUGUACUGUACACUCUCUCAGGUUUAGGCUUCAGCGAACGCCUAUUCGCCAUGACCGAGGUUCUUUUUAGAUGUAGUACAGUUAGGGUGUUCUGGUGACAGGUAAUGCAUUUUAUGAUUUUGUUUGAAAUUGCAGAGUGUGUGUGUGUAUGUUUUCUUAUCUAUACUUUAGAUUUUGUGUGUGUGUGUUGCAACACCUUUUUGAGUAUUGUUUGGGCCUGACGAUUUUUUUUCCCUUGCUGGGAGACCGCUGAGAAGCCAUCGUCCCGACCAAGCAACCCCUACGCUCACACAUUGUGUAUCUAAUUUAUCUGCACUCACUGAUAUAUCAGUGAAAAAAAAAGGAAAGACCAUAACAUUGAAUCAAUACCUCUGAAAACACUAAAGAGUAUAAACUUUAUGAAUGACUAUUUGUGGGAGGAUUUUAUCAGGCAAUUUUGGGAGUAGAGAGACAGUAAAUGUGGGUAAUGACAUGCAGUGAAGGUGUGGCCAGCUGGACUUGGAAACAGGCAUGGUAUUUACGCCUCCAUCCGGUUGCUCCAGACCUGGGUUUGAGAAAAAUAACCUGUUAAAUGAGUGUAGUCCUGACUCUCUCUCUGAUGAAUAAUGAAGUUUUAUGUGUUAGUGUGCACAAGUGAGAUGGAAGGGGUGCUUGGCUGUGAGUUAUGAAGCUGUUUUAGGAAAUCGUGUCAAAUAAACAUCCAUGUAUUUUGCAGAGCUACAAUUGUGUGUAGUGUUGGUUUCUACAGAAGUCGUAUUUAUUGCCACUGCUUGGUGAAACUGGGAGGGUUUGGAUAAAGACGAGUGGUCUUGUGAAUAUUGUGAGUUUAAUAUGGUGCAAAGCAAAAACUGUUCAGAAAGGUUAAAAAUUUCAGGAGGAUGGACUUUUAAUUGAAUAUGGUGUCAUUUAUAAAAACAUCCUACAGACUAUUAUUAUUUUCUUUAAUGAGACAUUCAUUAUGUGUUGACUGACAUGAAUUGGUGAGACUGCCUCUGUUUAUUGCAUUUCCAUGAUUUGAUGUUAUCUUUGUUUCUUUUUGUAAGUUGUACAAAUUUGUAUGAGGUUAAUAUAUUGUGCUGUUGGAGCAUACCUACUGAAGUGUUUGUAGCUGAGUGAUAUGU